AUGACAUCGGAAACCGACGCUUCAGACACUUCUACUGCUGGCACACCACCACCACCGCCACCCGCAUCACAGUCCGCCACCAUGGACAAGAAACCCCAAUCCAAGAAGCGGUCCGACUCGACAGCCUCCGCGACGGAGCCCUCCGCCAAGAAGCGUCGAGCCGCGCGAGCCUGCGUGAGUUGCCGCGCCCGUAAAGUGCGCUGCAACGUGGUCGACGAAUCGCCCUGCGCCAACUGUCGCUUUGACAAUGUCGAGUGCCAUGUCCAGGAGAGCCGACGAAGGAAGAAACACCUUUUGACGCCCCCCGUGUCGCAGCAGACCAGCAGCAACAGCACAAGCUCGUCUGCCCCGCCGCACUUGCGAUGCAAAUCAGCAGCACGACCGUCGACACAGCAUCCGGUCCCCAUCCACAGCGCGGCAGAGCUGAGGAGACCGAGCAGUGGCUCCGCCAUCUCGAGCGAUGUCGAUCUCUUGGCCUCGUCACAGGAGACGUCGAGCAACCUGCUUUACCAACGCGCCGGCUACAGAACCAUCCAGUCUGCCGCCCAGGUGGGAACACCUCAAUCCCAGACUCCACAGUGGCCGAACCCCCCGCCGACACCGCUCAACGCCAACCCGGCCACCAACCAGCCCAUCUCCAACCUCACAGCGCAGUUCCUCAACUCGUUGGAGGAGCCUGACCUCGCCUCGCAACUGCCCGCCUUUGUUCGACCUCUUCCCUCCAAAAUCGCCGCCGAGGAUGUGAGCUACCUGCACAUCAAGGGCGCGCUGACGCUGCCCUCUGUCGGCCUGCAGAAUGCUCUGCUGCAGAGCUAUGUCGAGUAUGUCCAUCCGUACAUGCCAUUGAUGGACCUUCAUGACUUCUUGGACAUUGUCAACCAAAGAGAUGGGCUCAAUGGGCAGACGAGUCUGUUUCUGUACCACGCCAUCAUGUUCUCGGCAUCCGCCUUUGUCGACAUGAAGUAUCUGAAGGAGGCUGGAUACCUCACCCGCAAAGCGGCAAGAAAGUCCUUCUUCCAGAAGACCAGGCUUCUAUAUGACUUUGACUACGAGAUGGACCGCCUCGUCCUGGUGCAGGCCCUGCUCCUCAUGUCCUACUGGUACGAGACCCCCGACGACCAGAAAGAUACCUGGCACUGGAUGGGCGUCGCCAUCUCGCUUGCCCACACCAUCGGCCUCCAUCGCAAUCCGGGCGCAACGACAAUGUCUAUCCGCAAGCAGAAGCUCUGGAAGCGUAUCUGGUGGUCCUGCUUCAUGCGCGACCGCCUCAUUGCGCUCGGCAUGCGACGUCCCACCCGCAUCAAGGAUGAGGACUUUGACGUCCCCAUGCUGGAGGAAUCCGACUUUGAGAUCCAGCCACUCGCUGACAAUGUGACCGUGAUCCCCUCCAGCUGUACACUGAUGCGCGACACCUCCAUGCAGCGCGAACUGGCCGCCAUGUGCAUCGCCAAGGCGGAACUCUGCGUGUGCAUCAGUCACAUGCUCAAGGCGCAAUACUCGGUCCUCAUCCGAGACAAGACGAAGCCCGACAACACCACGAAUAGCACCAUGAUGCUCUUCCCCAACAAGCAGCUCGACAAUGUGGAAAGCGUCCAGGUCGUCGACAUGGAGCUCAUGGCCUGGGCCGAGUCUCUGCCCCAGUCCUGCCAGUACCGCACGCUGACGCCCUUGGACAUUGAAGGUGGCAAGUCGACGCUCGCCGUGCAGAGGACGCUACUGCACAUGGUGUACUACACAACCAUCUCUGCUCUCCACCGUCCCCAAUUUCUACCAUCGAGCCCGACGCAUGCGCCAACGACGUCUCACCAGGCGCAGGAGAUGUCCCGCGUGCGCGUCCGCGACGCGGCGAACCACAUUACCUUUAUGGCUGCGUCGCUGCACCAGCUCCGCCUGGAGAGGUACCUCCCCACCACAGGCGUCACCGUCGUCCUGCCCGCCAUGAUCAUCCACCUCCUCGAGAUGAAGAACGUCGACCAGGAGGCGGCACAGCGCGCCACCCGGGGCUUCAGGCAGUGCAUGAAGGUCAUGGAGAAGCUGCGGGAGAUUUACGCCGCGGCCGACUACGCCACGGGCUUCCUGGACGCGGCUGUGAGAAAGGCCGCCAUUGACGUGCAGAGCCAGAACGCCGCAGCGGCCAACACCACCGUCCCCAUGACGAGCAAGGUGCCCGCCGACUUCUCCGCGCAGACCCCGCCGCCGGACAAUGCGCCGUACAUGACCGUCUCAGAGUCGCUCUUCAACGACCAGAGGCACAUGUCCGUCUCCUCCGUCGAGCAGCUCCGCAAGGCCAUGGCGCCCCCGGCCACCGUCAACACGGCCGACCUGGACCUGACGCCGCCUUUUAACGAGCACAGUCCCCCCCACACCGAUUUCGGCGACGGUAAUGGUCCGACGCCCAGCGCGAGCGAUCCCGAGGCGGAGAUGAUGGAUCUGGAUCUUGACCUUGAUUUCAUGCAGGGCCAUGAUGAGUUUGACUGGAAUGCCGUGGCCGGUACGGACUUUGACGUUGAUCAGUGGCUGCAGUUCCCGGCCGCGGAGAGUACGGCCGCGGGGGCGCCUGUGGCGGUGGAUGGGCCCAUGGUUAUUUGA